AUGGCAAGCGGGGAACCAUGGCGGGAGCACAGAAGAUUCACACUUGGCACACUGAAGGACUUUGGUAUGGCCAAGACUAGGCUAGACGCAACCAUACAGGAACAAGCUGCGUUGAUGGUCGAUGAGAUAGGACUUCUCAAUGGUGAACCUUUCGAUCACAAAGAUGUGAUUUGUACCCACGUUGCCAACGAGAUUUGCUCGAUUUCCGCGGCGGACAUCGCCAUUUUCUUCCCGUGGGCGGCCCGUCUGCCCGGGGAUCCCUUGGGAGUCGGGCGGAUGAUCGCCAACUCGGAUGCCCUGCACGCCUUCUGCGCGGAUAUAGUACGUGAGCACGUGGAAACGUACGACGAGAACUGCAUAGAGGACCUGGUCAGUGCCUACGUGAGAGAGGUAAAGAAGCACGAGCUGGCGAACGAGCAGACGAGUAUAAGCUACGAGUAUCUCGAGUCACUAAUCGGGGACUUGUUCAUUGCCGGAACCGAAACGACGACGACCGCGCUUCGCUGGAGUAUCGUGUGCCUUACGGAAUAUCCCGAGAUUCAAGAAAGCUUGUACAGGGAAAUCACGAGCGGCAUUAGCAAUUUCCUGCCACCCUCUGUCUUUAACCGGCCGGCCUUAGUGCAGGUGGAGGCCUUCUACAUGGAGAGGUUUCGUUUCGAAAGUCCGGCUGGGAAAGAAGUCUCCAUGACGACCACCGACGGUGUGUUCACAAUGAUACAUGCGCCAAAGCCUUACAGGAUUCUAGCAGUGCCUAGGGGCGGUUGACUGGCAGCGCGAAUGACGCGCUGAGUGACAAUCCAAUUGUUAUGUAUUAUGCAUAUACAUAAUUCAUGUUAGCA